CUUUUUACAAAAUCACAUCUGAGUCCAGGUUUCAGAUCAUAGAUUCGCACCCAGCCCAAGCCAUUCCAAAACCCUAGACAUGCCCAAAAAAAUCCCAAUUGCUUCACGAAUUCUCACCGUUUCAUGAUUUCAUCCCUUCCUACCCUCUGCAAAUCUAGGGCUUCGAUAAGUCCCUGAAGAGGGGAACCCAUGGACUUCGACGCUUACGAGUACUUGGAGAAGACAGUGGAGGAGAACGAAGAGCGAGACUCGAAGAGGCAGAACAAGAGCAGGGAGGGCAGCGAGAGGAGCUACAGAAAGAGAGAUGUCGACGACGACGAUCCUGCCUCCGCUGACGGUGAGGACCGAAAGAGCAAGAGGUCCAGAGGCGACGACGAGAACGUCAGCAGCAAGCGCGAGCGCGAGCGGUCUGGUCAUCGCGACAAGGAUCGGCAUCACAGAGAUUCCGAGAGAGAAAAGGAUCGAGAGCGGGAUCGAGAGCGAGAACGGAGUGGUAGAGAGAAGGGGAAGGAGAGAGAGAGAAGGGAGAGAGACAAGGAGAAGGAGAGGGAGAGAGAGAGGAGGGAGAGGGAGAGGGAGAAAGAAAGGGAGAGAAAGGAGAGAGAAGAGAGAGAAAGUUCGCGGAGAAGCAGGAGUAGGUCGGACCGCGACCGAGAGAGGGAAAGAGACCUAGAGAUGAGAGAAAGCAGGAGAUUUAAAGAUAAGAAAGAAGUGGUGGAGCCAGAAGCGGAUCCAGAAAGGGAUCAAAGGACUGUUUUUGCAUACCAGAUGCCUCUCAAGGCAACUGAGAGGGAUGUAUACGAGUUCUUUUCAAAAGCGGGCAAGGUGAGGGAUGUCCGGCUGAUCAUGGACAGGAAUUCAAGACGAUCUAAGGGAGUUGGGUAUAUUGAAUUCUAUGAUGCAAUGUCUGUCCCAAUGGCAAUUGCUCUCUCUGGCCAACUACUUCUUGGACAACCCGUUAUGGUUAAACCUUCUGAGGCUGAAAAGAACCUCGUUCAAUCUACUGCUUCUGGUGGGGGUUCAGGUGGUCUUGUAGGUCCAUAUGGAGCAGUUGAUAGAAAGUUGUAUGUCGGUAACUUACACUUCAACAUGACUGAAAGCCAACUUAGAGCGAUUUUCGAACCAUUUGGUCCCGUGGAGCUUGUGCAACUUCCCUUAGACCUUGAGACGGGACACUGCAAGGGUUUUGGUUUUGUUCAAUUUGCUAAGCUUGAAGAUGCAAAAGCAGCUCAAUCUUUGAAUGGAAAAUUAGAACUUGCUGGUCGAACCAUCAAGGUUUCAUCUGUUACAGAUCAUGUUGGAGUUCAAGAAACUGGAGCGAAAGCGGCAGACUUUGAUGACGACGAUGGGGGUGGUUUGUCUUUGAAUGCUCAAUCAAGGGCACUGCUUAUGCAGAAGCUGGAUCGAUCCGGUGUUGCCACAAGUAUUGUGGGGUCUCUCGGAGUUCCUGUUUUGAAUGGGUCAGCUCCAAAUACACAAGCCUUUAAUUUACCUGCCAAUGGGCAAGCCGCAGUUUCUGUCCCAGCUCUUCCAGUGCAAGCUAUCCCUACUCCGGCUGCAGAACCUGUUGGAACCCCCAGCGAGUGCUUACUAUUGAAGAAUAUGUUCGAUCCUGCAACCGAGACAGAACCAGAUUUUGAUAUGGACAUUAAAGAGGAUGUGGAAGAAGAAUGUUCUAAAUAUGGCCGAGUAAGACAUAUUUAUGUGGACAAAAACAGUGCUGGUUUUGUGUAUUUGCGAUUUGAAACUGUGGAAGCUGCAAUGGCUGCUCAACGUGCAAUGCAUAUGAGAUGGUUUGCCCGCAGGUUGAUUACAGCCCUUUUCAUGGAACCCCAUGUAUACGAGGCCACGUUUAAUGGUGGAGCAUGAAAGGCAGCAUUGCUAAGGAAGAAUGUGUUAAUGGUUUUAAGAUGAUACAUCGUUCUUGAUAUGAAAUGCAUCAGAUAGGCAUUUAACGGUGAUAUAUUAAUCCAGUGAUGGUUAUCUGUAAUCUGUAACCAACUCCAGCAUUUUUUUUUGUAAUUUGAAAUUUUAGAUGACU